AUGGCUUCCACAACCCAUAUACCCUUCUCUCCCCUUCUUUCUAUCUCUAAAAACCCAAUUAAAAAAUCCCAGAUUGUUGUCUAUUUCACCAAACUGCGACUUCCGGUGAAAACUCACGCAACGGGCACGGAUUUGGUCGGCGAUUUUGGAGCCAGGGACCCGUUUCCAGCAGAGAUAGAGAGCAAUUUUGGUGAGAAAGUGCUGGGAAAUGUAAACACUGAGCAUAAGAUUUUGAUUCCAACUGCCGCCGCGCUGUCUCUUUCGCAACAACUGUGUACUCCCAUUUCUCAUCUUCAGCAACCUAUGCCUGAGGAUGAAGCCAAAAAGAUGCUGUUCAAGGUUGUUGGCUGGAGAAUUGUACAUGAAGAUGGCGGUAUAAAGCUUCGGGGUUUAUGGAAAUUGAGGGAUUUCAAGUGUGCGGUUGAACUCAUUAAUAGGAUAUGCAGGGUUGUAGAGUCCACGGGGCAUUUUCCUACUCUUCAUCUAGAGCAGCCCAACCAAGUUAGAGCUGAACUAUGGACUGCUUCAAUUGGAGGUUUGAGCAUGAACGAUUUCAUUGUUGCUGCUAAAAUAGACGAGAUACAAACAUCAGAUCUAGUCCCCAGAAAGAGAGUUUGGGCAUGA